AUUGGAGCUACUGCUGCUGGAUUGGGCAUGAAGGAGCGAAGAGAGAGCGAGGCGGCUAGUGCUUUUCACCUCACAAGAUUUGUUUCGUGGGACUCCUCGUGUAAAACUAAGUGCUGGCCGUUGGAUUGCGCGUGCAACCAAGAGCUCAAACGCUGGCCGUCGGAUCUCGGCACUAGACGGUUAGGGUUUUUGUGGGGCUCGCUUUCCACCAUGUCCUUGUCGGCCCAGGAUCCGUUUUACUACAUUAAGGAUCAGCUGGAUGAAUUGGUGGGCGGAUUGAAUUCGAGCUAUUUGAGAUGGCAGGGGCUUCCGGCAUCGCUGGAACGCGAUGGGAUUGCCAAGCAGCUGGUUGAGAAGUGUGGGAGCAUCGAGAGACAGGUGGAUGAGCUUGACCGAGCGAUAACUGUUGCAGAGAGGAAUCCCGCGAAGUUUCGAGUUGGGCCGGCCGAGAUCGAGCAGAGAAGGAGAUGGACGACUCAAACCAGAUCCAAGAUUGGUGGCAUAAAAGCUGCUGCUCAAGAUGCCGUGCAAAAGGCCCAAGCUGCUGCUCCAAUGGGCGGUGCUCGAUUUGGAGCUCCUCCUCCAACUCAGAAGCAGGGCCCGGAUUAUUCACAGCACAACGAUGACUACAUUGCUUCCGAGUCGGACAGACAGAGUCUUCUAAUGCGGGAGCAGGAUCAAGACUUGGACGACAUCAGCACGAGCCUUGAGAAAAUCGGUGGAGUUGGAGCGACCAUCCACGAGGAGCUCUCUCAACAGGAGGGUAUGAUCGAUGAGUUGCAGCAUGAUGUUGACAGCACCUCUAGCAAGCUCGCCUAUGUCCAGAAAAAGCUGGAGCAUGUAAUAAGAAAGGCCGGAUCUAAAGGGCAACUGGCCAUGGUGGCGGCCUUGGUCAUCCUCUUGAUCAUCCUUGUCUUUCUAGUAUUCUACACGUAACAGAUCAGAUGAGAUAAACUACAUGCAAAAGCUUCACAAACUUAACG